UGCCAGUGCUGCAUACACACACACACGCACACACACACACUGAGGGCUGAGAUGUGACCGUUAACCAGAGGAAUACAGCGUGUUUCUGUGGGAUUUUGUUUUAAACUGUCAGCCGGAUAAUGGGAGAGGACAGGCGGGCCAUGCGGGCCACUUGGGUCGCGGUGCUUCUCUGUGUGAUUACUUCGGUGUGCGCAGUGGAAGAGACAGUGAUGGAUACAAGGACAGCGACAGCUGAGCUCGGCUGGAUCUCGUUCCCUGCCAAUGGAUGGGAGGAGGUGAGUGGCUAUGAUGAGAACCUCAACACCAUCAGGACGUACCAGGUGUGCAACGUGUUUGAGCCCAGCCAGAACAACUGGCUCCUCACGACUUACAUUGACCGGCGGGCUGCACAACGUAUCUACGUUGAGAUCCGCUUCACCGUACGUGACUGCGCCUCCAUCCCCAGCGUCCUGGGCUCCUGCAAAGAGACGUUCAACCUGUACUACCUGGAGACCGAGAGGACCGUGUCAGAGGGCAUCAAAGGGGUGGAGUACUGGGCCAAUGCCCCCUUUCUUAAGGUGGACACCAUCGCAGCAGAUGAGAGUUUCUCCCAGGUUGAUUUUGGGGGACGGCUUAUGAAGGUGAACACAGAAGUUCGGAGUUUUGGGCCGUUGUCCAAAGGCAAAGGCUUCCACUUGGCCUUCCAGGAUCUGGGAGCUUGCAUGUCCCUCCUGGCUGUCAGAGUAUUCUACAAGAAAUGUCCCAGCGUGGUGCAGAACUUUGCUUUUUUCCCAGAGACACUGACUGGAGCCGAGUCCACCUCAUUAGUCAUCGCAAGAGGAAGUUGUAUCCCCAACGCUGAGGAAGUAGACGUGCCCAUUAAGCUCUACUGUAACGGAGACGGAGAGUGGAUGGUACCCAUCGGCAGCUGCAGCUGCAAGGCGGGCUAUGAACCAGACAAUGGCAAUGUUUGUCGAGCGUGCCCUCAGGGCACGUUUAAGUCGUUCCAGGGGGCAGGAUUAUGUCAGCAAUGUCCGCUCAACAGUCGCUCCACCAUUGAGGCCGCCACCCUCUGCGGUUGUCGCAACGGCUAUUAUCGCGGAGACAUGGACAAACCGGAGGACGUGUGCACAAGUGUCCCAUCGGCUCCUCGCAACGUGGUCUCGGUCGUCAACCAGACAUUGGUGCAGGUGGAGUGGCACCCACCGCGUGACAUCGGGUACCGUGUCGACCUGUCAUAUAACGUCUUGUGCCGCCGGUGCCACAGCAGCGAGCGCCGGGCGUGUCAGCCAUGUGACGACAGCGUGGUAUUCGUUCCGGGCAAGCAAGGGUUAAAGGCAACGAGGGUGGAGAUCAGCAAGCUGCGGGCCCACACAUCGUACACCUUCGAAAUACAGGCAGUCAACGGAGUCUCCAACAAGAGCCCUUAUCCCGCCCAGCAACUGUCAAUCAACAUUACAACCAAUCAGGCUGCUCCUUCUGUGGUGCCCAUAAUGCACCAAGUGAGCUCAACGAGCCGCAGUUUCUCAUUGUCAUGGCCAUCGCCCGAGCAGCCCAACGGAAUUAUCCUCGACUACGAGAUACGAUACUUUGACAAGUCCCUCUCGUCAAUGUUGAACAGUUCAGUGGUCCAGAGCGAAGCACCCAAUGUUGUUCUGGAGGGUCUGAGGCCGGGGACCGGCUACGUGGUCCAGGUGAGGGCCCGCACUGUGGCCGGCUACGGAGCCUACAGCAAGGACAUGCUCUUCCAAACGCUCACCGACGAUGAGUACAAGUCAGAGCUUGGACAGCAGCUCUCCCUGAUUGCAGGCUCUUUAGUAGGCGGAGUGUGCAUCGUCUCAUUGGUUGCUAUCGGCAUCAUCUGUACCAGAAGAAGGCAGUUGAAGGAGAGUGUGUACGGUGACAAGCUGCAGCAGUACAACGCAGGAGGAGAAGUGACUCUGAGGCCUGACAUGUUCAGUGGACCCACCCCCACUGUGACCUUUCCCACGCUGUCUGAAGGUCAUAGUUCACCGGGGGUCAAGAUCUACAUCGACCCCUUCACCUACGAGGACCCCAACGAGGCAGUUCGAGAGUUUGCCAAGGAAAUUGACCCCUCAUGUGUCAAAAUAGAGGAAGUCAUUGGAUCAGGUGAGUUUGGGGAGGUGUACAAAGGUCGCCUGAAGCUGGUCGGGAAAAAAGAAAUUCCUGUGGCCAUCAAGACCCUGAAGGUUGGCUACUCUGAGAGGCAGAGGAGGGACUUCCUGUCCGAGGCGUCAAUCAUGGGUCAGUUUGACCAACCAAACAUCAUCAGACUGGAGGGCGUGGUCACCAAGAGCAGGCCUACGAUGAUCAUCACAGAGUUCAUGGAGAACGGAGCACUUGACUCGUUUCUCAGGCAAAAUGAUGGGCAGUUUCCAGUGAUCCAGCUGGUUGGUAUGUUGAGGGGCAUCGCGUCUGGAAUGAGGUACCUGGCAGAAAUGAGUUAUGUUCACCGGGACCUGGCUGCUCGGAACAUCCUGGUUAACAGUAACUUGGUGUGUAAGGUGUCUGACUUUGGAUUAUCACGAUAUCUGGAGGAGGACACCUCUGACCCGACCUACACCAGCUCACUGGGUGGUAAAAUCCCAGUGCGGUGGACUGCUCCGGAGGCGAUUGCCUACAGGAAGUUUACGUCGGCUUCAGAUGUCUGGAGUUAUGGGAUCGUCACUUGGGAGGUGAUGGCAUACGGAGAGAGGCCUUACUGGGACAUGAGCAACCAAGAUGUGAUAAAUGCCAUAGAGCAGGACUUCAGGCUGCCAGCUCCCAUGGACUGUCCGGUGGUGCUGCACCAGCUGAUGCUGGACUGCUGGCAGAAAGACAGGAACUCACGGCCAAAGUUCCCCGAUAUUGUCAGUAUGUUGGACAAAAUGAUACGCAAUCCUGCAUCCCUCAAAGCCGGCACCAAUAACAUCCCCCCGGGUCCUUCCCAUCAUCCCUUGUUAGACCGUGGAGCUCCAGACCUGAGCCGGGUGAGCUCUGUGGAAGACUGGCUGGCUGCGUUGAAGAUGACCCAGUAUAGAGACUCCUUCCUGGGCUCGGGCUUCACUUCUUUGCCACUCGUCACAGAAAUCACAGCCGAAGAUCUUCAGAGGAUUGGAGUUUGUCUAGCCGGACACCAGAAGAAAAUCCUAACCAGUGUUCAGUCCAUGAGGCACAACGUCGAUGACCAGUCUCCUACUGAAUCUGUGUAACUACAGGGGAGUGACACAGUAGGGAAAUUGUACAGUGUACAGUCUGAACGAGCAGGCUGUCAUCUUUACACUUCCAUUUUAACCUCAUACACUUUAGUUCGCCGCUCUCGGAGAUCUAAACCACUUAACAUGUUUUUAACAAUCACUGUGGCCAUUUGUGUGUCUGCGUGGCCUCAGCAGUCCUUCAGUCAUUGGACAUUUUUCACACCAUUUACCAAAUAGGAUUUAAACUAUACGCCUCCUGGAGGGAAUUCAAUGCAGAUCUAGUGCAAGAUGGAAAAACAAGGCAGACAUGAAUUGUGACUACAAAACAAAAAAUAAUAGUGUCUGGACUUUUCUGUCUGACCCUAAUAGGUACAAUCACAACCCUCUCCCCCACAAUCUCCCUGCAAGAUAACAUGGACAUCCACAGACCAGUUUUUACCAGAUUGACUGUUUGAUUCAAGGACUACGUGGCCUGGUUUUUUAUGUAACGAUAAAUCACACAAACAUGCAACUGUGAAGAAGAAACUGACUGAACAGACGUUUAUAUGAAGGGAUAUAAAGUGGACUAACAGCCUGAAAAAAUGUCCUUUGAAACAGUGCUUCUGGAGACCCCUCGAAGGCUUGUUAUCUCCAGUGUGUUGUGAAAAUUGCUACUAUUUGAAUCCAGACAAGAGCCAACAGUUAAAUGGGACUUUGUGAAUCAAUCUUCAUAUUGAAGAGUCUGUACAUAUUAUGAUAUGGGAUGUUUAGUUCCUAUUUGCUCAUUUGCUUUCACUUUUGCCAACAGCAUCGAACAAUUAACUGUCACAGGAGUAUUUUGUGAGUUCUCUAUGGUUAUCUUCCUCAGCCUGACUCAUCACUGGAACACACUGUUAAGUGCUGUGGACUGCAGACACACAAAAAAAAAAGGAAAAAUAGGUUUCUUAGUUCAAUUUUUUUGUGCUGUCCAUGCAGCAAAAGGAAAAGAUAAACUCUUUCACACAGAGAGCAAGAAAAGCCUGGCCUACUUAAAAUACUUAAUUCAGAGGUUACUCAUAAUGGAUGAUGUUUUACAAUCAGCACAUAUGCCCUCUGAGUAAAGACAAUUACAGACCAAAAUCAGAUAAAUAAAUAUUAAACCAUAGCAGUGUAAUAAGUCUCUUUCCAAGCUAGGAAGGAACUGCAGACUUGAAAGUAUAGAAGAAAAGGAAAAACAGCUUAAGAGACUAGAUAUUGAGUCAUUACCAGCUGCUGAGAUGCACCUGUUGUGAACACCCAGCAGUGGCCAGAAAGGCAGAAAAGGUAUUUUCAUCCAAUGUUCUUGUGAUUUGGCUUCAAAUCUUAAAGCUGAAUGCCAGUCAGGCAUUAAUACAACGCAUGAACAAACCAGAAAUCCAAUGUACUGUUCACGCAUGAAACAAAUCUCAUUUCUGUCAAAACUGUAUGGCUGCCGUCCAGAUGGUAAUCACUCUACAGCAGGCAGGCAGGCAGGCAGGCAGGCAGACAGGCAGGCAGGCAGGCAGGCAGGCAGGCAGGCAGACAGGCAGGCAGGCAGGCAGGCAGGCAGGCAGGCAGGCAGGCAGGCAGGCAGGCAGGGCCUUUGCAUCCACUAAUUUUUUUUAUUCCUUGGCUGCUGAACACGUCACAUUUUGUCGGAGUCUGUUUUUACGGCCACAUUUCCUCCCGAUUGACAUCAGUAAUUAAUACUAUUGUGUCAGUUUGCAGAUACAAUGACAUGUAGUGACCUAUCCGCCAACCUUUGCACAACGCUAAUUUACAAGCAACAAAGAUUGAUUUCUCAGACACGUCAGACAAAAGAUCUAACAAGAAAAGAUAGUAAAAUACAAAAUGCUGGAGGGGGUCAAGAAGGGAAUUGCUGUCGUAAUUAUCAUGUUUUGGUGGAGAAAUGUGACUCACUAGCCUCACACACUAUAAUAUCAAGAAUGCCUGAUCUCUUUUAUCUCAGUGCCGAGCAGAUUACCAGUUGUGAAACGACAGCAGGCUCGCUUCAGCCAAAACCUCUGGUCAUGUGUGUGCCCCCACAUCCUAAGAAUUACCCGUCUGCAGCACUGGUUGGAUGUCGUGAUUUUAGAUGUCAUCCUCUCCUGGCCGUGCUUACAGUAAAAGUGACGGUAUUUAGUUAUUUGCUUUCAACUCGUUUUACUGCUGACAUGUCCUAGAGCACGAUGUGUUUGUCUCACACAACUGCUCUCCAAUGCUUGGGCGGCCCCAACUCUUUUAUUAUUAACGUUGCGACCUUGAGAGGUCCGUGAGUAUUUUAAACCUCCAAACAUUUCCACUUUUUUUGGCAAAACUCAGCUUCGCCAGCGUGACACGAAUUGCAUUUGUUGCCCGGCAACGAUAGCCUAUUGAACAUUUUAUCAGGAAGUACUGAGAUCAACUGGAAGCGUGUCAGUGGUUUAGAGGCAUAAUUUGUUGUAAAUAAAUGGCUGUGCAAAAACAAUGUCAGCUGGCUCGGGGGUUUAACAAAGAGUGAGGUGAUGACUGUGCCUAAAAGCUCGAAUUGAACGCCAUCUAAAGAAUAUUUCAUGCAGGAGAAAUAAAAGCUAUUAAAACAGACAGGCUUCUAAAUAUGUUAUGUAAAAUGUAGCUAAGUGUGAUGUAUCUAUCUUUUGCUUCAUGGUCUUUCGUGCCAUCUAUUUAACAGGGUUAAAUCUGAGCUUUCAGAGGCAUUUCACAUGAUCCUGUGUCAGUGUUUGAUGAAGGCAUAAAUGAUCUACAGCACGUCUUGUAUUGAUACUAUAACAUGUCUUGGUUUGAGCACAAAUAUACACCACAGAGAGAAUAUCUCAGGAACACAAAAUAUGUGAGUUUUGUCCGCAUUGCUGCAUAAAAUGGGAUAAUUUAUUGGUAAAUCAUGCACUAUAUAAAAAUAUUAAUACAAGAUGGAGUGCUUUAAAGGAGCUCCUGUAGAAAAUUGUUUUUGAUGUUAGUUUUCUGAAGGGCUUAUUAAAAGUUAAAUCCACCCUAAAUCCAGCCCAUAAAAGAGAUGAACAUGUUACUAAAUACUUUGAGAGUGUUCUAUUUGUGAAUAUGAACAAGACUCUCAUAGAAAAAAACAUUGUGAUACACUUUUAGGCCAUGAACAGUAGACAGACUUCAGAGACUUUCAGAUUGUAUCAGUGCUGAAUGUCUGGGCGCAUCUUCUAGGUCAUUGCGAAAUUAAAAAUGUUAUCCUUUUUAUUGAAAGUGGAGAGUUCGACAUCAAGCUUUUUAAAUGCUUUUCUUUUUUUCAUUUUUCUUUUUACAGAGGGUCUUAUGAUACAAAACAAAAUCACCAAGCCAAUCUAAUGAAAGUCCAUCCUUGCCAUUUGUGUAUUUUUGUACUAUUUCACUGAAGACUUUUACGGAUUACAUUUUUUUCGCUAAAACAUUAGCUGUGUCCCAAUUCCAUACUACAGUACAUACACAAUCACACUGUUCUCACUGGUAACGUGACAAGUGAGUCAGAAUGCAAACUAAAAAAGAACAUUUUUUAUCAGGAUCAUCGGUGCAUGUAUUCAGUGUUGCUCACCAGAACUCAUUGUUUGUAUCCUCCAGGUCUUACAAGCAUGUUGAAUGUAUUCCUUUCCUUAUAAAAUAAUAGUAGAUUUGUUGUUUUUUUUAAGAUUUGAUUUGCAGGUUUACUUCAUACCUGUCUUCUUCUUUUUUGCCUUUUGCUGGUGCAUUGCAGUAUUUCUUGGUGCAUUAUCACCACCUGUGAUUACAGUGUAGUAAUGUGAAACCAUUGGCAAGAAUGUAAAUAACCCUUGUGCCUGUGCAUGUGAGCUUGCAUGUGCAGAAUACCACUCAUUAAAACAAUAAAUCCAUAGUGCUACUUGUGGUCAAAAACUCCAGAUGAGAUUUAAGACACUUUCAAUUGCAAUUCCCUAUUGCACUAUUGGCCGGAUUGCAAUCCAUCUUGGUUUUCCUGGGCUAUAUUCAAAUCAGUACCGGCCCUCCUUCAGUCCAGAAGAAGGUGUUUAGUCACUGCAAAAACCUCUAGAAGAAAACUUCUGCACUUUAGCAGUUUAGUUACAACAAUAACUCUUUACCUGGUGUUAAACUAACAACUACCAACACAUACACCUGAAAGAAUUGUGUUUAUGAGUACAGAUUUAAUCUUGAAUGCUUCUUGGACUCAUUAAAAUUGAAUAGGAUUUUAGAUGCAAAACCAGGGGCUCCUCCCACUGCACAACUCUAUACAGCAUUGGUUUGGGACACAGCUACUGUACUGAUUAAAGGUGGAUUUCCCCUUUAAAGGAAAUAUUCACCUAUGAAUAUCCUUCAAGGUUUCUCUAUUUGUAAUGUGUUCUGUUUAUUCUGACAUAAUUUAGUUGAUGAAGUGGGGCAUGAUGCUUUACUGUUAUGUGGAAACUUGCUGUUCUGAAAAAGCUUGGUGUAUAUCUGGGACCACGAUCUCUCUCAUUUGCAAAAACUCAGCUGCAAUGCAUUCGGGCCUACUGGGAUUACUUUCAAUGGGGACGACUAUGAUGAAGUUCCCAUUGUUGAAUGGCGGUACAAAUGGGAAGCGGCUGACAAAAGUCCUCACGCUCUGAUUCUGAGGGACUGACACCAAAACCUGACAUUUACUGCAGAUGUUUUAGAUAGAGAACUCCAUAUAGACUCCACUGUAACUGUGCUGUAAAUAUUUCAACAUGAUGUCUCAUUGUGUUUGGCCAAUUAUCCACUGAAACAGGAAAGAAAACAUACCAAUAUACAACAAAAUAAGCCAAGAAAUGAAGGUGUGUCACCAGAAGGACCUCAAUGUGCUUUAGGGUGGAUUUAUCUUUCAAUGGCAGUUAUUUUUCUGGAGGCUGGAACGACUCGGCUGCUUCUCUCCUCUCCUGUUGCUCUGGUGUAAUAGAUACCGUAGGUGAGGCUGGAGAUGAGAAGGGAAAAGUGAAAGGGAAUGGGUAAUAAAAGGAGAAGGAAAAUAUAACAGAAGAAGAGAGGAAAAGGAGGGGUUGAAGUGUGAGAGGCAAAGCUCGACACUCGUGUUUGAAUAAAAAUGAGGCUGGGUGUGGAGAGAUUACUCUUUCUUUUUGUGUCUGCCUCUCUCUCUCUCUCUCUCUCUCCCUGCUCUACCCGGCUGUCCUCAUUCUGCUAAUGCCCUCAAACUCUCUGUACAACUCACUCUGCUUCCAGUCUGCAUCUCUACUGACUAACAGUUCACUUGUAUUUUUAGAUGCACUUUUCUCACAAACAUGUUAACUUGCAUCUUUUGAUGAUGUACUGGAAAGUAUCACUUUUACACCUAAAAAAAAAAUAAAAAAAAAAAAACAUUCCUGCAAUGUGUUG